CGCGAGGCCGCUCCACCUUCCUCGCGUGGGCGGAGCCCGGGGAGGUCAAAGCGAACUGAGGAAGAGCCGAGAGCACGCUGCUGAGCGGAAUCACACGUGGAGAAAUGUCUAAACCUCUGUUAAGAAGGUCUGAGAGUGACCAGAGUUACUCAGAGCUGAGCGGUAUGACUGUUGGGGUAUUGGGAAGUGGAGACUUUGCCCGUUCUUUAGCGACAUGCCUUGUGUGCUCUGGGUUUAAGGUGGUGGUUGGAAGCCGGAAUCCAAAAAUAAGCACGGCCCUGUUUCCUGCUAUAGCUGAAGUCACUACACAAGAAAAAGCUGUAAACAAGACGGAUGUCAUCUUCGUGGCAGUGUUUCGGGAGCACUACUCCACGCUGUGUGAUUUACAGGAGGCUCUUGCUGGUAAAAUACUGAUUGACGUCAGUAACAACACAGAGCUGAACCACCAUCAUGAAUCAAAUGCAGAGUACCUGGCCUCACUGUUCCCGAAAUGUAUGGUCGUAAAGGGAUUUAACGUGAUAUCAGCCUGGGCUUUGCAAUGGGGUCCAAAAGACGGCAACAAGCAGGUCCUGGUCUGCAGUGAUAACAGAGAAGCCAGAAAUACAGUGUGUCAGAUUGCAUGGAGUAUGGGGUUCAUCCCUGUGGAUAUGGGCUCACUCUCGUCUGCCAGAGAGAUUGAAAACAUCCCUCUGCGCCUCUUCCCAUCCUGGAAGACCCCACUGAUGCUCUCCCUGGGUCUCUUUGUGUUCUUCUAUGCCUAUAACUUCACCAGAAGGGUGAUCCAUCCUUACGUAACCAAGGGGGAGCACUGUUUUUACAAAAUGCCAAUUGAACUUGUUAACCUCACGCUACCCUGUGUGGCCUAUGUAAUGCUUUCCCUGGUUUACUUGCCUGGAAUCCUGGCAGCCUUUCUGCAGCUACGAUACAACACCAAGUACAGGCAGUUCCCAGACUGGCUGGACCAGUGGCUGAAGCACAGGAAGCAAAUCGGCCUGCUGAGCUUUCUGUCGGCUGCACUGCAUGCUGUGUACAGUCUGUGCCUCCCAAUGCGAAGGUCCGCUCGCUACCUGCUGUUGAAUGCGGCCUUUAGACAGGUUAAGGAAGGUGAAGAGAACGCCUGGGUGGAAGAGGAGGUCUGGAGGAUGGAACUUUACAUCUCGCUGGGAAUCCUGGCUCUGGCUGCUCUUUCCCUGCUAGCAGUCACCUCACUGCCCUCAGUUGGGAAUUCCCUCAGCUGGAGAGAGUUUAGCUUCAUUCAGUCCAAAUUGGGAUACACUGCCUUGGUAAUAGCCACACUCCACACACUAACCUUUGGGUGGAAAAAAGCCUUUGACCGAAGCCAGUACAAAUUCUACCUGCCUCCAACAUUCACACUUGCUUUGGUUGUGCCUUGUGCUGUCCUGCUUUGUAAAGUGUGCCUGCAGUUACCCUGUGUGAAUACAAGGCUGACACAGAUCCGAAGAGGUUGGGAAAAGGGACGACUCGUCAGGUUCCAGUUAUCCGAGGAGUCAGGUCUUUGCAAUGAAGACUUCAGCAAUGAGGACACAAGCAAUGUGUGACAGAAACAGUGUGUGCUAAACACACACACACACAGUACCCACUCACUGUUACAGUAGUCCCAGUUGUCAAAAACCCAAAGCCGUUUUCAAGCACUUUUUUUUUUUUUUUCUCAGCUAAACAAAUCUAGACCAUGCUUCUAGUCUCCCCUAAAACUCAAUUUAAGUAGCAGUUGGGCUGUCUGCUGUAUUAAUGUUGAUAUCUAGGUCAAAACCACUCAAAUGACUUUAAUGUACACCAUGUUACAAGGCGAAAAAUAUUACACUUUCAUUGUACAGUCUAAUGUAACGUAUCAAGUUUCCAUGACAGAAUAUUGCUAAUCCCUUAAAAAAGGUAGUAGACAAAGCAAGCCUUCCUCCUCGUUGAUAGAGUUCAGGUGGAAGUGCAGUUCCCAAAGAAUUACAGUAGAUUAUUUCAAAUUAUUUUCAUUAUACAAAUCAGACAGCUUUAAUGUCAAGCUACAGUCUACAUUGUUGACAAUGACAUUUCAGCUAUAAACAGCUUGCUUUUAUAUACACAUGCAUUGUUCACAAAGGUGUGGCAUUCUUCUUUGAUUUUUAUCUUGCACAUAUAAGCAUUUACUAUCAAUAACUAAAGAACAUCCACAUUGAUCAAACGAGCACUUUGUAUAAAAUAGAGAGCACUUUGAUACGUCUGAUUUUUAUUUUUUGGAAUAUGAAUUACAAACUAUUAAUAUAGACAAUCAUCUUUCAGUAAACAAGUUUGCAAAUCCAAAAUAUGAUUAUACCAAUAAAGCCUAAAUGAUUCCAGAAAUUUUUGCCAAUGUUUUGUGGAAAUAUUUAGGGGUAGUAAUAUUUUUUUUUUGGGGGGGGGGGGGGGGGCAUACAAGAAAUGUAUUGAAAAAAUUAUAUCAAAUUAAACAUUACUUUGGAGGCACUUUUGUUCCAGCAAACCUCUUCAAAAGCAAGCUGUGAUGAAGUGGCGUUUUGCAUGCCUUCAUGUAGACCUGCAACUAGCACUUCUCCAUGCAAAAAAAAAAAAAAAUCUAUAUUUUAAAGGCUGCAAACAGCCAUCAGACACAGGAGCACAAGUCCAACAACACAGGCAGCUGUAGAUUCCAGCCCAGUAUCCUGAAUCAGACGCAUGCGAGCCGAGGUAUUGGCACGUUGUGGUUUGGAAACAUGAAGCAAUACAAAAGCCACAUAAAAUUAAAAACUUACCCUUAAACUACAAAUAGGUGGUCUUCAAUAGAUGUGCAUGCAUGUUAUAACCACAUGUCAAAACCAAAGGCUGAAUCAUUUCACACAAUUAAAAACAAACUAACAGCUGUUAACAAAUGCCAGGUACAAUUUGGCAACUUUAUGCGGCUGUGUUCCUUAGUUUGAAUGCCGUAGUUUCUUAACUGACUGAUAAAGGGAAUCAAUCCAGCUUAAAUAUUCAAAAAUAAUAAUUGAAAACCUUUCUGAAUGUAUGUCCCUUUCACCAUAUAGAUGUUGGGUUUGCUUUAUAUCUUUCAUAGUCUUCCAUCCAGAAGAAAGCUAGUUCUGUUUCAUUUGCUACAAGAGAUACAAAAGUCAUUAUUAAAAUGUGGUAUAUCAAUACCUUCAAUAAGAAAUUAAAUUAAUACCACAACCCCCACACCCAUACAGUAGUUUACCUAUAGUACAGUCAUUGCAUUCAUUCUUACCUACUCCCGCUGCUUUCAAAGUAGUACCUUCUCUCAAUAGAAGUUUAUCAUCA